UCCCUCGGUCGCGACAGAUUUCAAAAUCUAUAAUAUAUAUACUUAUAUCGUAAUAAUGGCAACGGUGAAGUUCAAAGAUGCGUCUCCCUAUGUCAAACCAAAGCCUUCACCACCUAAGGAUGAUUACCUAUAUAACAAAUAUUUAGAAAACUUCGCCCUGAAAACGGAAAAGGAACCGAUAGUUAAAGUGGCUCUGUUCGGCGUGGGUCGUGCCGGAACGAUACAUUUAGCGACUAUGAAUGAUAAUAAACGUAUCCAAAUUUUAUAUAUCGUUGAUGAUGUUGAGAGUAAUUGGCAAAGUAUACGAAAGUAUUGGCAUCUGGACAACGUUACCUUCUUAAAUAGCAAGCAGUCUGACAGAGUAUUCAAGGAUCCCAACGUCGACGCGGUUUUCGUGGCGUCGCCGACUUACACACACGAAAAUAUAGUUAUUAAAGCUCUGGAAGCAAAAAAGGCAGUCUUCUGUGAAAAACCUAUAGCGGAAGAUCGCCCAAGCACCGUCAAAUGCUACGAAAUAGCCAAGAAAGUUGGCAAGCCGCUGUUUACCGCGUUCAAUCGACGAUUUGAUCCGAGUUACUCGAAUGUGAAAGAGCGAGUUCGCAAAGGGGAGGUCGGACACGUCCACAUGAUUAAAACAGUCUCUCGUGACUCCCCUCUGCCCUCUCUCGAUUAUUUGAAAUUAUCAGGUGGUAUCUUUCACGAUUGCCUGGUCCACGAUAUCGAUAUGAUUACUUGGAUUCUCGGAGAAUACCCUGAUAAGGUUUCGGUCCUAGCUCACGCAAAUAUCCCAGAGAUUAAGACCAUCGAUGACUUCGACACGGUUGCAGUAGUCUUACAUUUUUCAUCAGGAACAGUUGGCAUGAUCGAUUUAUCGCGCAACAGCUCAUAUGGAUACGAUCAACGACUGGAAGUCUUUGGUCCGAAGGGCAUGGUGCAAGCCGAUAACGAACAGUUGAACUCUGUUCAUUCGCAACAUGACGUACAAGGGAUUGCCACCGCCCCGAUUUGGUACUCAUUCGCUAGCCGUUUUAAGAAUGGCUAUCUUAGAGAAUUCGAUCACUUCAUCGAUGUGAUACAUGGUAAGGCUGAGUCGCAGGUCAAGUCGAAAGAGAUCCUGGCGGUGAGUAAGAUCGCUACGGCCUGUGAAGAGUCCGCUCGCAAAGGGAAAGUCGUGGACCUCACAUGGACGAAGGACGAGUUACCGGACAACCCAUGAUGAAACAGCAAAACUUCAACAAAACUAUUCUUAUAUCCGUAUACUAUCUUCUUU